ACCUCCUUGACAAGAUCUUCAAAUUUUUCUUAAUAAAACAAAUUUAAUCCCUUGUUGAUUAAGCAAAUUGCUUCCAAAUCCAUAUUUUUCUCCGUAAGAAUUAUUAGAAUUCUUCUUAGACAAGACGCGGCGUUUCAUUUCCCGAACAGGUAACUUAACGGGGUAGCAAAACCUUCAUGCACCGAAUAAUUUCACGUAGAUUAACCAAUAAAAAGCCGCCACGUUGAACAUCAACGUUUUAAUUUAUAAUAAUUGAUUUUUCAUUUCUCUUAAUUUUCAUUUCAUUGUCAGUGUUGAUAAUUUUUCUUCUCUUUCUUUCCCCGUGAAACAAACAGAACUUUUAGUAACCGUUUCUGGAUUUCUUCGUCUCCAACUCCUCGGAUUCAGGUCCUUGUAGAUCGAAUCGUGCUCGUUAAUUUUUUUUUCCAGAUUCGGCAAGGCAGUGAAGUUGACGAGUAUCUGAAACAUCGACUCAAUGGUUUCGUUUGAAAUGAAUGACCGUAAAAAGAUUGGGCUAGGCUUGACAGGUUUUGGCAUAUUUUUCUCAUUCUUGGGAAUCAUCUUCUUCUUCGAUAAAGGUUUACUGGCCAUGGGAAAUAUCCUCUUCUUGUCAGGGGUGUCCCUAUCCAUUGGUUUGAAGUCCACUAUGCAGUUUUUCAUGAAACGUCAAAACUUUAAGGGAACCAUCUCUUUUGGUCUUGGCUUCUUCUUUGUUGUUAUUGGUUGGCCAGUUUUUGGAAUGAUUCUUGAGACAUAUGGGUUCAUUGUGCUCUUCAGUGGUUUCUGGCCAACACUUGCUGUUUUCAUUCAGAGGAUACCUUUUCUUGGUUGGGUAUUCCAGCUACCAUUUGUCAGAUCGCUAUUCGACAAGUAUCGGGGGAAACGGGUACCUGUGUAACCACCCUAUGAAAAAAUGAGUAAGUACAAUGUAAUGGCAGGUCCACUUGUAAAAUACUUGGGAUGGAAGAUGGAAAAUUCUUUGGUUCAAUCAAAUGGGGUCUCUAGAAAAUUAUUCUCAUUUGACAGUUAACCGGGAAAAAAUGUAAUACUCUUUAGCUGUUUUCAUUUUAGCGACAUUGCUGAAAUUGAAUAUAAGUUUUGUUUGUUGUUGAAUGAUCA